AUGGCCAUGGAGCAGGGUGCUGGCCACGCGGAGAGCGGGGGCGAAGCCAAUCCCGAGGCAGAUCCACCACCGCCAGCGGGAGCACAAGCCACCGCCGCCUCUGUCACCGUCAUGCAUUGGUCUGCGGUGGACAUCUGUGCCCGCAGCUGGGGCUGACAUGCCCAAAUGGAUGUGAAGAGAGCAAAGAAGACCACCCACCACCCACCAUCCACCCACCACAGAGCCCACACCAGCCCAUUCCACCCAGCACCAAACAGCAGCCAGCAGCACCCACCAGAAACCACAAUUACCAUGGAGCCCAACAGCGCUUCGCUGCCCAAGGCAGUUGAAUGCGUGCAACUAUUUUUUUUUGUUUUUUUUUUUGUCGUCAAAUGUCGCCUGCGAAAGUCGUUGCAAGCGCAUUAUAUUUAGAGAAAGUUACUUUAACAUACGAACCUGUUACUGAA